AUGGCAUUAAGUACCUUCCAAAUAAUUGUAGUUCAAUUAGUUUCACACCAAAUUAAUUUUAAUUUUUUCUUCAAAUUUAUUUUGUUAAUAAUUUGUAUUAAUUUUAAUGAGGCUAAUAAUCAAUUUUUCGACAAAUCCAUCCCAGAUGCAGAAACACUCCUCACCCAAGCAGACUUUCAUAGAGUCACCCAAAGACAGAAAAGACAACAACCUACCGAUACAAACCCAAAUAAUAUAAACGAUUCUGCCAUGUAUAAUAAAGAAAGAUUUGAAGGGGAUAUUUUGACUGCGGUAAACCCUGCAGCUUCCCUCCCUUUAAAAAACACGGUAAAUGAGGAUUCUGCGGUUAAAACGCAAGAUGGACUACAAAGGAAUGCUGUAAGACAAUCUUAUUUGAAAUGGCCGCGAGCUCGGAUACCGUAUACAGUUAGUAGUCAAUAUACAAGUUAUGGUCGUGAACGUAUUGCUGAAGCAAUUGACGAAUAUCACAAGAAGACUUGUGUUGAAUGGACACCUAAGGCGGCGAAUGAUAUUGACUAUGUACACAUUUUACCGGAUGAUGGUUGCUAUUCUUUGGUGGGAAAAGUUGGUAGGACAGAUCGUGAUGAUUAUGUUAAUAUACUUUGGGACAAUAUUGACCCAACCUUAAGAGGUAAAAAAUUAUCUGAUUAA